AUGGCCAUCAAGCAGGAAAUAACCGAAAGCAAUCAUGGCUAUAUCAACAAUAUUUUUCUAACCGAAAGCUUUGUACGUAGCGACAUUCUGAGGUAUCUCCCUGUGUUUGAAGUACUCGAAGAAGGCCCUGGCUUAACAGUCGACGUGUAUGAUGACGACACUUCUACUAUGCACAUCGUGGUUCUUAUGAAAUGGCCCGACUAUCCAAGCUAUAUUCUCCUCAAUGGAUGGCAUAAAGAUUUUGUGGUGAGAAGAGCUUUGAAGGCAGGCGAUGUGGUUGGAAUAUAUUGGGAUCCUUAUGGUUCUAAGCUUCAUUUUUGUGUUCUUUCUCGUCCGACGAUAAAAGCUAGCUCAGUUUCCGUACCAAUGGGUUCAGCAUCAUUUACUCCUCGUCCUGCAGGUCCAUAG